AUGGCGCUAAACCAGCAAAUGCUAUUCCGGAGGGGCGACGUGGUGGAAGUAGCGAGCCAGAAACAAGGUUUCCGGGGCUCCUACUUCGUAGCCACGGUGGUGAUGGCGCUGACGCCGGUGAGGGAGUACGUUGUAGAGUACGAGACUCUCGUCACGAACGACUUGUCGGGGCCGCUUCGCGAGGUGGUCCCCGCCGCCGAAGUCCGCCCCGUGCCGCCGGGGUUCAGAAUGAGAGAUUCCGGGGAGUUCAGAAAGGGCGAUAAGGUGGAUGCGUAUGACAACGAGGCGUGGUGGGCCGGUGAGAUCAUCGGAAAAGUUGGGGACAAGUACAAGGUGUACUUUGAUGAUAGUAAGGAAGAGAUUGCUUAUACUGUGGACUUACUAAGAGUUCAUCUUGAUUGGAUUCAUUUAAGGGCUAAGUGGGUUGAUUCUUUUGGGAGGGCUUUGGCUUUCCAAUUCGUCUAG